AUGGUUAUGAGCUCUGAUUUAGCACAUAUCCCUCAGAAGCAAGAGCGGGAAGCUUGUCUGCAGAAGAUUACGGUAGCAGGAAUGUUCCCUUUAGUCAAACCAGAAGAAAUUGAAUACCCAAUGAUGGCACCGAACGCGAAAUACUAUAUCCCGAGCAUCAAAGAUGCAGAGGGUAUGCAGUUACUGUCGGCAGCCGCAUUCUCUUAUCCACCCACUUACCUUCGCGCAACUACACCUCCCCCAUCGAUAGUUCAUAUGGCGCCCAGCCGUGGCAGCCCUCGACGACAACCUAUUAAGCCUGCCAAAAGGACACCAAGGGACCAUCGGCCUAUGUAUUCACAGGAGGAAGCCGAUGCUAUUUUAUAUUUACGUGAUAGCGUUGGACUACCCUGGAAGAAAGUCGUUGAACUAUGGAACUUACUUUUUGACGCUCGCACUGGUAAAAGAUGGGGACCAAGAACAAUUUCCGGCCUCCAAUCUCACUACUAUCGAAUGCUUGGAAUUGACAAGUCACAUGGACGUCGCUCCUCCGCCCCAAAUCCCGAUAUUGGUCUCCUUAAAGCAACCAAUCGUCGUUAUUGGUGGGUUUAUAGUGAUCGACCCGAUAUCCUUACCGGAGUUGUACGGACACCAGAACAAAUGAAGAUUCUUCAGAAGCAGAACAUCCGAAGAUUAAGGCGCGAAGCCCAAAGAGAAGGGCGACGACAACGUAAGCUUACUCGACGAUCGAUUGUCGAACACUCGAAAGAAACCAUGGUACCUCACCUUUCAAAGGUUAUACAAGCUGCGCUUGAGGAGCCGAAGUGCAUGGAAGUUGAGAAGAACUGCGCGAACGACUCUGAUAGUGACUCCUCCACUGGAGACAGCUUCGACCAGAAUUCAAUCUCAGAUGUUGAUGGGUAUGAUACUUCUAGCAUCGCCCCGCCGCCUUCCUCCCAUACAUCUACACCAACAAGCCCCUUCGAAGGCUUUGAUUUCGAAGCUAAGGCCUCUCGACGCCUGUCAGAGGAUCUUAAGAAUCAAUCCAAUAUACUUCCACCAUUUAAAAGCUUGUGGGGCCUUGCUGAUCGGGGCAAAAAAAGGGACACCAACAUUAUUCGAUGGCAGGAUCGAGUUGAAACUCUACAGCGACCUGGAAGAGAAAAACCCGGCGUUACACCCUUCCGUCCCACAAAUAAGAACCCUAUGGCUGUCGCGAGCCUUUUAAUAUGA